AAAUAAUUAAUGGAAGCAAAGAAGAUUAUUGGAUUAGGCAGUCCAUUGCUUGAUAUUCAAGCAGAAGUCCCAGCAGAAUUCCUUGAGAAGUACGGAUUGACACUCAAUAACACAUAUUUCGCAGAGGAGAAACAUUUACCACUGUAUGAGGAAUUGAUUAACAUUCCAACUCACUCUCAUGUUCCAGGAGGUAAAAGAUAAUAAUCUAUUCGAAGGAUCCGCACUCAAUACUAUUAGAUUGGCUAGAUGGAUGGCUUAAGCAGGUUAAGAUCAAGUCAAAUUUAUUGGUUGUGUUGGAAAGAAAGACAAAUUUGCCAAUAUGUUAAUUGAGGUUACAAACAAAGAUGGAGUGACAACCUUAUUUGACGAAUAAGAUCAACCUACAGGAAAAUGCGGAGUGUUAUUAUGCAAUAAGGAUAGGUAUUUAUAAUAUAUAAUUACUAUUAGAUGUUUGGUUCCAUUAAUAGGUGCAGCAGCUUAUUUGUCUGAAGAAUAUGUUGAUUAACAUAUCGAGGAUAUCAAAACAGCUACUGUAUUAUUUAGUGAAGUGUAUUUCUUAUAUCCAAGAGCUGAACUUACAAAGAAAAUAUAUAAAAUUGCUUCAGAAAGUGGAGUGAACACAUGCUUGACUCUUUCAAGUGUAAAUGCCGUAAGUGAUAGAUUCAAUGAAAUAUUGGCUGUUCUCCCAUAUGUUGAUUACUUGUUUGGUAAUGAGGAGGAAGUUGAAUAAUUUGCUAAGAAUUUGAAGUUUGAGGGAGAUCUCUCAUAGGUAAUGUAAUAAAUAGCUGGAUAUGAAAAACAUGGACAAAGAGAAAGAGUGGUUGUAUGCACUUAAGGUAAGAAACCAACAUUGAUUGCUAAAAAGAAUGAAGCCAUAACCGUUGAAGUUUAAUUGGUUGAUGUUUCAAAGAUUGUAGAUACAAACAGUGCUGGUGAUUCUUUUUGCGGAGGGUAAUCAAUUAAGUUUACAUUCCUUAGAUUUAUUGCAGAAUUACUGAAUGGUCCAGAUCUUGUUAAAUGUGCUAAGGCUGGAAAUUAUUCGGCAUCGUAAACAAUCCAACAUGAGGGUAGCACAAUUCCAAAAUAUGCACCAGUAAAAACAUGGUGAAAAGAUAUUUGUUAA